UUCAAGAAGCUUCAGUUUUCCUGAUCUUAAAGGGAAACACGCUUGACAAUGAAACACUGAAGGACAUGGCCGAGGUGUACAUGACCAAUACCAUUGCACCUCUGCUGCUCAGCCAGGCAUUCCUGCCACUGCUGAAGAAGGCAGCCCAGGGGAGCCCAGGCUCAGGGAUGAGCUGCAGCAAAGCAGCCAUUGCCAACAUUUCCAGCACUGUGGGUUCAAUCAAAGAAGUCUAUUUAUGGGAAGGUGUGCAAGCUGUCUGUUACCGCUGCAGCAAGGCUGCCCAGAACAUGCUCACCAGGUGCCAGUCCAUGGGGUACCGGGAACACGGCAUCCUUUGCGUUGCUCUCCAUCCCGGAUGGGUGCAAACAGAAAUGGGCAAAGAAGGAGGAGCUGAGGUAGGAGCUUCCCCACAUUGGGUCCAUGCACAGCCUGUGCUGGUCUCCCACGGAGGCUGCUGUCUCCCGGAGCCCUCAAGGGCUCGGGGCUGAACCUCCUCAUCAACAACGCUGGGAUCGUAAGGGCAAACACACUUGACAAUGAAACACUGAAGGACAUGGCCGAGGUGUACAUGAC